CACAUGUAUAUCCAUUGUAUGAAUAGAAAUAAGGAAAUUCUGUAUUUAAAAACGGGGGAAGAACAUUCACCACGAUAAAUGAAAUUAUCAUCAUAAAUGGCUGGAUUAAAACACACAAUAACAUUCAUUACUGCUCUUUGUUGGGGGUCAGUCGUAUCCGUAAAUAUCAAUUGGAGCAAAGCGAUGAACAUCUGUAUACUAGCAGAUCAACAGCCUUCAUCUGAGGACAAUGCUACAAAGAAUGGUUCUUGGUUGGGCAAAGUGAAAUAUUCGUUCCCUUGGGGUACCGGGAUUUUGCAGAUACAGAAGGUCAACAAAAAUAAUACGUGUUCAGAUUGUGAUGUACAGGGAAAUCAGUGCGAAUUUUGUAAUCAUCGUAUCCAGCUAAAUGGUAGUGUUGCAGCCUUUGAAGUUCUAAGAAGUUUGGAGUCCGGAAGACAUUAUAUACUUGCAGAGUUUGGAAAACAAUCUUUAAGUGGACUACCUCCACCCACACAGUGUAUGGUACACAGAGGCGCUUCACAUACCGAAUAUGUCUCUUGCAAUGAAAAGUAUGAUGAUGGAUGCCAUGAAUCGGGUGAAAAAUCCAGUACUUAUAUUACCAUUCGUUUUGAUAUGUAUUGUAAUGGUACAACACAAGCAUACACGGAUUGUGUGGAAUGUGACCCUCAAGAAAGCAAUGGUGCUGGAAACGAUUGUUCUUUGUCUUCCUGUUUUGGAUGUAUGAAACAUCUGCUCAUUGUAGUGGGCGGAUUACUAGUCCUAGUGUUGUUCGAUGUGAUGUGUAUCUAUUGUUGUGUUAGACACAUUGCAAAAAGAAAGAUGCUGGCUAUACAGAAAGAGAAGACCAGGGAACACACGAGUAGACCGAUCUCUGAGGCCAUAACACGUAUCUACAAACAUAUGAACAACUUCGAAGAUCAACACAAUUCGUCGUAUGAUCUGGUGGUGAAUAUGAGUAGAAAGGCCCACUUCAACGCUCUUGAUGAGACGGACACCUCCGAAGAUUACGAUAAGGGAUUUUUCAGACUGGCGAGUCAUAGCGGUGAUUACGACAAGGCUUGGUGCAAUAACUGGUCAUCUACGCCUUCUCCGGACGCCGAUUACGCCAAGGUUCAGGCAAUAAGCAACCAGAUAAUGACCACUGUCCCAGAGGAGGAGAUCUACAGCAAACAACGACUCGAUCCCGAGAGUAUAUACGCAGAUAUAAAUAGAUCAGGCAGUGAAAAGGAAGAGGAGGUGACACCCAAUAUGCGUUCCACCGGAAGCAGCACUCAUAUCCGGGUAGUAAACGAGAGUGUAAAGAUUGGAGGCAAUGGAGGCAUGAAUCAACGAGACAAACAAACGUAUGCAGAAGGUAACUCCGAAACCAUUACACUAGAAAAGAAAGAGAGUAAAAACGACAAACAUGAUAUCUCAGAACGGAAGACUCAAGGAGAAAGACUGAUCAAUGAUAAAUUCGCAGAGGUCUGCUUGAAAAGGGGGCGUGAUCCUUUAGUGAUUGUGGCAGGGAAUAAAGAUAUAAAUUCAAACCAGAGCAACAACAAAAAUAUGAAAGUCCGAAGGUCGAAGCUAAAAAGGGGAAGUAAGGCGGGGAAUAUUUCCAGCGGCGAUGUGGCCUGUAAUUUUCCAGCAAAACGUGGUGAAAAUGAAAACACAAAUGAUGUAUCUAUUUCUACAACGGAAGCGGGCAAGAUGGUGGAUGAAGAAACAGCAAUACUGAUAGAAAACUUGAACAAUAUCUCCUCCAAAACAAAACUGUGAACGGUUAGUGGGGAGAGGACGCCUUUAUAGAGAUGUUGUGGUCAGCGUCUAAGAAUUGUUUGCAAAUAAAAGUUCUCGAGUUGUAUCACCUAGUGAA